AUGUCACUAGAGAUAAUUGAAACUCUUGUCCCUCUAAUGCAGGACAGCACUCAACAGCUUGCUCCUCCAGGAUGCCAAACAGGGCCAGAAAGGAUAGCCAUGCCCACGAGUACCUUGAUAAAUUCAUCAUCCAGUAGCAAAUCCGAUGCCCACCAUGAGCGGGCCUAUGUAGGUGCACUCAACAAAAUAGUCGGCCUUCAAAAGAGAAUUAAUUAUGACUCUGUUGCAUGUGAAAGUAAAGAAUGA